AUGGAGCGGAUACGGCUGAUGCUCGGGGCUCUGCUCCUCUCCCUCUCUCUGCCCAGUCUCCCUGCCCAAGAUAAUGUCACCAUCACCGUACCUGAGAAUGUCACCAUGGCAGCACCUACUACGGAGGACGUCACGAUUGCAGCCUCUACACCUGAGGCCACCAUCGGAACAACGCCUGUUCCUGUGGUCGUCACUACGGCACAGCCCGCCACUGAAACCAUCACCCCAGUAACUUCUGUUCCAGUACCUACCGCUGAUGCCAUCACUAUGGUAAUAACAGACCCUGAGACCACCACCGGUCAGGUGGGACCACCAACUUCUACUUCAGAGGCUGAGACAAUGACACCUUCACCUGUGACCACUGAAGGGCCUGUAGAUACGACCACUCCACCUGGCCCUAAACCCACCCUCUCCCAAGACGUCCUGAUGACCACCUCUUAUUUUCCAACCACUUCCCAGGACCACCUGACUUCUGUUAUCCAAGUCUGGCCACUUCACACCACCCCUCGUCUGACGGAGGACUCCUCUCCUACACCUGAACCUAUCCACACUGCCUCAGAGAGUACUGCCAACCACACAGAGGGACUUACCACUGCACCCACCUCCCCAUCGGUCAACGCCGCUCCCAGCCAUGCCAUGACCCCCACUACCACCCAUACCUCCACCUCCACAGAUCCAGACCCUACAGUGGCCGAGGUCGGGGUGCAGCUAGGUCAGUCCAUCUUGCUCUUCAUCGCUCUCCUGGUUGGGGUUAUAUGCAUGGGCAUAGUCUACUGCAUAUGUCUUAUCGUCAGACGAAAGAGGCAGAGCCGCACCGAGUACUUUGAGUCCAGCUUCCGGAACGGGAAGGGUUCCAAGCGGAAGAAAGGGGCAGAGGAAGACGCCUGGGCGGGGCCAGUGAAGUUAGGGGGCGGGGACAGGGAGGAGGGUGAGGGCGGGGAGGAGGGAGGGAGCCCAGAGGACAACAAGACAGAGGGGGCUGGAACGGAUGUGGUGCUGAGCACAUUCAUAGCCAACGAGACUGAGGAAGAGAAGGGUGGGCCUGAUGGGGGAGUAGGAGUGGCUGGGAGCAAGGAGGCGGAGAAAUGGGAGGAGGAGGAGCCUCUGCUGUACAUUGAUGAGGGAGUGGAGGAGAGGCUAGAGAGGAUGGCUGCUCCUUCACUCUCAAAAUCUAACUCUGAGAAAAAGAGAGGAGAGCGCAACGGAGAGGGGGAAAGUGAAAAAGAAAUGGAGAGGGGAGAAGGGAAUGGACAGAAAGAAAAUGAGCCUGAGAGAGGGGAGCAGAAUGGAGGAGCGGCAUUCUGUCUAACCACUGCAGUUUAA